AUGUCUGCUGGGACAUAUUUCUUGUCCACAACCAGCCUAGUCCCUAGUCGUUCUCUCUUGAUCCAUUGUCCGCGCGAAGUCUGGGAGAGAACGAGUGAGUAUCUGUCGGUGACGUCACAGCUCAUGGUAGAGUCCAGGAAUGACCGAGCCGAAAAUGCCUGGGGACUAGGCUGGAACGCCUUAUAAACUUUCCUAUGCGUUAGAAAUGAGAGGUUUUCAAAUAGCUAAUUCUUCAUCUAUUUUCUUGAUCAGAUUUACUAUUAUUCAGAAGCGCAGACUACCCAUACCGCAUACCCUGAUGAACUAGAAGUGCUUCAAUUUCCCAGGUCUGUAUGGAAAACUUAAUCACUUGAAAUCCUCAUUCACCAUUUUUUCAGUAUAUCUUCUCGUUGAACACCAGGUUUCUAAAAUUACCAUCCACUUUGCUUCUCUGUCAUUCAGCAAACAGGUUGAGAAGCACUACCGUGAUGGAACAAAGGAGAUAAUAUUUCCCGAUCAGACCAUUAAGUACCUGUACGCAAAUGGAGAGGAAGAGUACGUGUUUAGUGACGGUACCAUACAAAAGGUCAACGUGGAAGGAGAGAGAACUAUUGAAUUCCCAAAUGGACAACGGGAAACUCACACCAAGUGCUAUAAAGUAAGUAGAGACAUACCAUUUUGUACUUUGUGCCUUGUGUUGUUCGAGUUCUUACAGUGGCUUUCCUAGUUUCAUCCCGCGGCGUGUCUCACUGCGGGACCCGGGGUGUCACAACUUGAUUCUGACGUCCCGAGGUCUUAAUUCAGUUUGAAAAGUAAACAAGAAACAAAUGUGUAAAAAAAGCUAGCGAUCUUCUGCACCUAAGGUGUCUCCUUUCCUCGAUGCCUGAGAUUUCCAACGAAAACAGGUUAAGCUACCCUGCGAAAAGAGGUUUCUCUCUUGCAUGGCUUUUAUCGGUUACGAAGUCGCUCGCGUGGCUUGUCUGUCGCGUGGUUAGUUUGUUUACGCCCCGUGAGUUUCUCUCUCCUUGCCAAAUGCCGGCCCUUUAUUUUCCCAUGUCUCUCACUAACUUACAGAUCAGCUCAUGUACACAAUACAGACAACCUUGCAUAUUUUAGUUCGAGGUUAAGUGUAACACAGGCAUUGUGAAAUCCCAUCUUUGCUUAUUCACUUCAGCGCUUCGUGGAGUACAAUGGUGUCUUGAAUAAAACUUUUAUAAAAAUGGUUAUUGGCUGUCAAGUGGCAACACGGGAAGUAGAAACAGUUGGUGCGCCCCACAAGAAUAGAACGUUCUGCGUAUCGGUUAAAUACCCUCCCAAUGGGCUGUGAUCGAAAAAAUACAAAAGGAAUACUCGAAUAUCUACCUUAGCCUGUGCACAGACCACAUUCUCUGAUUUUUCCUGAGGGGAGGGGUGGGGGGUCUUUACACAGGCUAUAUCUACCUCGGAAGUUGGGUGAAAGGUAUUACCAUGUUGCUUCACUCCUAGAAAAGUCAGGCGUAAAGUUGUUUGUUCAGAUUGCAUGUCCUAGAGUUCAAAAGUGUUGUUCUCCCUGCGUGACGUGUUUUUUGUCCAUAUUUAGAAAAGAGAGUACCCUGACGGGACAGUAAAGACAGUCUAUCCCGAUGGUUGAACAGAGACCCGAUAUUCUACGGGACGUGUGCGGGUCAAGGAUCGGGAUGGUCGGGUUAUAGUGGACUCUUCGAACCAACUGAGAUGACAGCCGCUAUUUUAAAAAGACAUUAAAAAAGUUGAUGUAUAUGAGAGUUAUUAAAAACGAAGUGAUACUUAUGUACUACGCUCUACGGACACCAGCGACGCAGCAAUAUUCCCUUCGGAUGCUUCCAGUAGGUAACUUGGUAACCUAUUUUGCCUUAUUCUGAAUCCUUUUAAGAACACUUGUAAAAUAAAAUAAAAUGUUUUCUUUACUGAAUAAAAAAAAGAAAGUCCUUAAACCAUGCGUCUUCAGUUUAUUUUUUGUUAGCUGUCUACUGUUGACAAUUUGCGUGCAGCAUUAAUCAUAACGGUAAAUUAUUUUAUUUACUUAUUCAUGCAUUUAUUCCGAACAACCUUAAAAAGCUCUCGAGCCCACUGCUUAACUGCCCUAUGGCUUUGUUCACAUGGUACCCGACGAAUUUUCGACCGGUUGAAAAGUCGACCCUUUUAGUUGUUCAGUUCACACCAAACUACGCUAACCGUAUGAAAAUUCAGAAGCCUAGCCAUCCAAACAUUGAGACGCCAAAGUCGAGGAUAAGUAUUUAGCCGGUACGGGCGAAAAUUUGACCAGUGUGGUGUGAACACCACGACCGUCUCAAUUUUGCAAGGUAAAGUCGUCGCACUGAAAGACGUGAUUGCAUGGAUGGGGGGGGGGUCACUCUGAUAGGAGACGUCAUUGUGGAUUUCGUUAAGAAGAUAGUAAAACCACUGAAAAAAUUUUAAAUUCAACAUGUACAUGGGUCGACAGUUCCGAGUGAACGAAAAUUCGUCAGGUGCCCUGUAAACGCAGCCUAUGUUAAAAGCAACUUUAUAACAAUUUGCGUCUCACAAAAAAGCAAAUUGAUAGUACCUCUUCAAAUGCCAUUUGUCUUACGCUGAAAAGGACGAAGAACGAAAAAAUGUGUGCUACCAUGAAUCUACUUCUGCGCACUGAUCAAUAAGAAAAGCUGGCUCUGUUGUCGUCUUGACAACAAAAUGCCGGUCAGUGAAGUUUUUUUUUUCUUUUUUCGCUUUUCGACACGGUUUCUUUUAAAUAAAUUCUUACUGAUUCUUUCGAUCAAAACGCCAUUGAUUUAUUACUCGUAACACGUCCUCUUUGAGGAAAAGGUGCAAAUUAUAGAAUAAAUAAAUUACGAUGCCGUUGUCAUAAACGUAUUUCACUGAAAGAUCUAUGUUCCAAAAUUAUCCGGCAACGUAAAGAAAUUUUUCGUUAUAUUAUCUUUUACUUUCUUUGGGUAAUACGUUAAUUGUGAAACCCGAUGAGCUUGUGUCCCUUGCAGCCUCUAUUUGCACCGAACACAAAGAACGGCUGCGAAGAAGUAUAAUUGAAGUUCCGCUUGGAAUUUAUCACAAAAUAUUUUUCGCCUUUCGCUUUGAAAUUGCACCUCUCUUUCAGUAUUUAUGUAUUAAAGGCUUCUCCUGUUUUACGAACGUUCUGAAAACAGUUCGUAUUGUGAAUUAUGAUUUUGGAUUCGUUUGAUUUCCUUAAUUUUUCAUAGUUUAAUAAUCUGUUCAAAUCUCUUUACCAAACUCUUUUUUGAACUUCUCUCCAAACUUUUGAGCUAGCUGUUGAAAGGCAAGCACCACAUCGUCGUUUCGAGGUCCCCACUCCUGAAGUGAACAACUGAAAAACAGAACAUUUAUUUGAAAACUGAUUUUUGAAAUUAAAAAAGUUUUGUAAGUUUAAUCCAUCUCAAACGAUGAUAUGUAAAAAAAGCGCAAGCACAGAACACUGAGGCCGACAAGUGGCAUGGCCAUGAAACAGCGACAAAGGACAGCUGAAAUGGCGACAAACGACACAAAGAUGAGUUAAAACUGCGACAGCGACAAAGAAUACAUGGCUUCUUCUUCUUCUUCAAUACAUUGUACGCGUAACUACGGGUUUUGAAAUUCAGACUAUGCGGGAAAUACGUACCACAUCCACUCCCCCCCAAGAGAGUCUCACAUUUUUCUUUCUUUCUAUCCUUUUUGGCGGACCUGUCUAGCUGUAACUCGCUAUUAAACCGCCAAAGCACCCAUGCAAUGCAUAUAGGUCAACAGGAAAGAAGAUACUGGAUUUUCGUUUCGGGUUACUUGUUUCAUAGGCAUGUCCUCCGAUGUGUCCUUACUUGACCACAGUGAACCACGUUCAGUCAAAAUGUUUCGGCCAAGAAUGGCGCAGAGAGUAGAAGUUUCGCCCAAUGUAAGGGAUUUCUGGAAUCUGGAGUCCAGGGAAAUUUUGUUUGUGGAAUCCGGAAAACAGUUCAAGGAGUCCGGAAUCCCAGUAACGAUUGGAAUCCAGAAUCCAAGUUCCACUAUCAAAGACUGGAAUACAGUACCUGGAAUCUGCGGCGUGGAAUCCAGAAUACAAGAACGUCUUAG